AUGUCCUCGACAACAAACCGACCAGCGCUAUCUAAAGAUUAUCCAUCUUCCACCGCAGAACCUUCCAAGCUGUUCAAAUGGCCAGGAGGUGAUUGGGAGUCUACCAAAGCAGUCCGGGAGGUGCUGGAAGAUAAUAAUAGGGGAUAUGAUAUAUACGAAUCUGCCAGAUUUGCACAUAAUCACUUCCCUCAUUCUGCCCUGACUCGAUAUGCUCUAGGAGCCCCCUCACAGCUUAUCAGAGAUACCUGGACACACGAUCGACCGCAUCUCGUGUCGCUUGACCCGAGCGAUGAGAGUAGGAAGAAAGAAGAAGUCAAGGAUGUUCCUGAUAAGAUUGAUAGUGCGAAUUGGGGUGAUGAAAGAUACCUAGGUAUGAAGGGUGCCUAUUCUCGAUAUCUUACUUUCUUCCAUCGCGAAAUUGCCAGACUAGGUCCUUUGGAGACUCUGAAUAAAUACGUUUUUGCUCCAACGGCAAAUUGGGAGAAAUGGAAGGACACAGAUGGAAAAGAGCAAGAGCCGCCUAUGAUGAUCGAUCGAUUGGUUGGUGGACUUUUUCAUCCUUUUAUCCAUGUCGGAUUCGGGCUGGAGUUCAACGAUAGGGUAGUACUUGCUGAAGGUCUUGCCGAAGCCGCUAUUCACUCUGAUGAGCUGAAUCUCCCUCUCAUAACACCCGGAUACGCCCACGAGAUCAACCAUCCCUCACAUCCAACCCCCGAUCAUCUCCGUAGACCUCCGAGGGAAAUACCCGAUUCUGAAGAUUGUCUCUCCCCGAAUUGUGCUAGAGAACCAAGACUGGGUAGAUCUUUGUUGGAAAUAUACUCUAUCGUACUCCAUUCGCCUGAUUUGGCGCCUGUACCGUACGAUAAGAAUUCGAGUAUCAAUGACAGGCUCAAAUAUGCUACCGAAGGUGGUAAAGCGGAAAAGGUCAGGAAAUUAGCUGAAGAUUGGAGUCUGACUGAUGAAGAGCUGAGUGAUGGUAAGAAUGGUUGGAAGAGGAAGUUCGAAGAAGUGGCGAUUUUGGUUACGCUCUUGGCUUGUGGGACGGGUAGGAAAGGAAAGGAGUUGAAGAUUGAUUUCUUCUUGAUGCAUACCCUCACCUCAUCCAUCUUCAUACCCACAUACAUGCCGAUCCUGUCCAUCCCCAAUCGAAGACUACUCCUUAAAGCAUAUUUGUUGGUUCUGCUCAACACCGCAAUAGCUAGGGGACGACCUGCUAUCGAUCCAGAAUUGACCAUGUCAUAUGAUCCAUUCCCUGUAGCACCUGGAUCAGAAGAACAAGUCGAACCUCAAAAGGGCGCUGUAAUAGGAUCACCUGAUAAGAAGGAAAGUAGGAAUCCAUGGAUGGGUAUAGUCGAAAGUAGUUUGGCUUAUCCCGAUUCGCAUGUUCCCAAAGCCAUCCGAUCUCUGGUAUAUUUCGCAGAAUUGUACGGAUCAACCAGACCUGGAUGUUUCAUCGGCUCGUUCCUCUCUGGAGGACAGACACAUGAGACGAUCCCUGGACUGGCUAAAGUAGACGGUACGGUGUUUGUCAGAGGUGCAGGGGCGAUUAUGAAUCAGAUGGGAUGGACUAGAGAAGGUCAAAAGGAAGGGGAUUGGGAGUUCAGUCCAGUGGGAUAUGAUGAGGUUUGGAGAUAG